AUCAGCCAAGCUUGGAGGGCAUUGAAGACUCGCAGCUCUUCUCACUUUAUUACAUUUAGGACUUUUUUACUUCCACCAUGGGGCCACAAUUGAAACGUCUCUUUGUCUUUUGCCUCAUCGCUGCCUGGAACAAACCUACUACAGUCACUGCCGCCGACCCAGCUAACCCUACAGAACCUACUCCAGUCCCUGCCAUCGACCCAGCUAGCGCUACAGAACCUACUCCAGUCCCUGCCACCGACCCAGCUAACGCUACAGAACCCACUCCAGUCCCUGCCACCGACCCAGCUAACGCUACAGAACCCACUCCAGUCCCUGCCACCGACCCUACAGAACCUGUCAGUCCAUCCAUUCAUCCUUCAUCCCCAAAUUCAGUGGCUCCAUCGAGUAAUCCUCCAACAGUUCCUCUGACCACAGAAGUUCCAGGUAUUUGCGACUCUCACCCUUGUGGCCCCGGGAGCACCUGUGAGGCUCGUGUCAACGAAACGUUUGUAUGCUUGUGCAGGGCUGGGGAAUUCUACAAUGGAUACGGUUGUCAGAGCGCUCAAGUUUUCCCUGGACAACUGCAGGUGCCCUCAUUAACAUAUGUUGAGGAAAUGGCAACCAAAACAUCAGACGCAUUUGCCGACGCCGCAAACCAAAUUACUGAACAGCUAAGGUGUUCAUUCAGAGACAUUUCUGGCCACAUUUCCAGUAAUGUGCUGGAACUCAAGCGCUUGGAAAACAAGCGAUCAAAUUCAAGCGGCGUCAACGCGGCUGUAGAGCUCUUUUUCCUUGUGACUCUUCCUAUCACGACACAGACGUUUGAUGACGUCAUGGCGAAUGCUUCCAAAUGCGUCAACUGCAUUCUGGCCAAUUCCACCUUUUCUAAGAGCGACCUGUGUCUUAAGAACCCCUGCCAGAAGGAAACAUCGUUGUGUUCGGCUGAAAAAGGCUUCCUGAAGUGCGCCUGUGCGGAGGGUUACAUUGAGACCGACUUCAGCGAGAGGAUGUGUGUCGCUUGUCCAAGUGGCCAGAAACCAAACGGAUCUCAACAUUGUAUGGAUUGUCCAUACGGUCAGUCUGGUUUUAACUGCAAUGAAAAAUGGCAGCUGGCGUUGGUGGUUGUCGGCUCCGUGUUAGGAGGGCUGUUGCUCAUCUCGACCAUCGUUCUGAUCGUCAUGUCUUGCAAAUCCACGAAGAAAACGUCCAAGAAACACAAGAGGUCGAACGCGGAGGAGAAUCAGAAAUUGGGCCACUCCUAUAAUGAUAAGCACCCGCUGGUUGACAGCCCCCCAGCCAAUAGGCAGCCCCCGCCAGUAAAGACAGAAUCAGCAGACCACGGCCUGAAACCUUUCCCAAGCGGUGGCGUGCCCAGGAUCCCGCGGGCCACGGCCUCCACCGCCUGGGACAACGGGACCAACCUGGAGAUGACGCAGAGCAAUGGCCGCCACAACGCGAUGGCCGGGGGGAAGAGUUCGUGGCUCAAUGACCACUCAGACAGCACGAGCGGCAGCCCCUACCAGCAUCCUCGCAACCAGACCAGCUCGUACGACCAGACUCGAGCCGCAAGCAACUCCUAUGCAGAUUCGCGACCUUUGAACAACCCGUACACUCAGGAUCGGCCUCAGCUGAAUCCGUACGCUCGGAACCAAGGCCAGAGCAAUGGCAACUACUCGCACGAUGACGGGAGACCCUUCAAUUACUGAGGCUUUGACGCACAACCACAGUUCAGGGAUUGUGCAAUGCUUUUAAAUAAAUGUCAGGGUGCUGAACACAUCACCAGGGGGAACGCCAGUGUGGUUUGUUUUAUGGAAACAUAUUUAACUUUUAUUUGUGUCAUGUGUUUGUAGAUUUUUUUAAUUCAGUGCCUUUGUAACAGGUUUAGAUUUAUAUGGCGCUUUAUGAAUAAUAUACCCACUCGUAAGUAAAAUGUUCAAAUGUUUCUUCUUAAUGUUCUGUCAUCUGUAAUUCUGGGUUAGAUAUUUCAAGCUAGUUAGGUUUUGUGUCAUGUGAGAGAAUAUUUUGUCCACUGGGAGCUUUUUGAACGUCAUCCACAUUCAAUUUAAUGUUAUGUAUGUCCUUGUCUAUUUUUUUAGCAUCGCUUAUCAUAUCCGAGAUAU